AUUCUAGCCCCCAGAGUGUGGGCUCUCCUCUCGAGGGGAGGAAGCACCACGUCAUGGAUGGGGCUCUGGACAGGAGUUAGCAGGCUCCUGUGAUGACCACCCAGCUAAGAUGGCAGCGCGGAGCAGGACGCCCCUUCUCUGAGCCCUGGAUGAUUGAGGCUGCGGCUGCCGGGAGCGGACCCCAGCUUUACCUUCUGACCAGACCAGAGAAACGCUACAACGCGUCAAGCGAAGCGCUCUUUGCCCUGGAUACCUUCCCUCCCGCUACCCUGGGCGUCCCCCCACGUCCGGACACCGUCCCCAGCUCUGGAGAGCGCUCUCUCCAUAUCCUGUACCACCAAAAAACGCCCCCCUCCAUUCCCAUCCGAGCCUCCUUUCACCAGGGACACGCCCUCUUUUUGUCGGCCUCUCCACAAGCCAGCCACGCACUAACCAGACCACGCUCUCGUCUCUGCCACCGCCCACAGCCUCCUGGAACUCUCCCCCGCAGGACCCUUCCCUAUCCUUCAGGACUCCCAGGUCGGCUCGGCUGUAAGGGGGGCACCUUUUCCCCCAGUUUGGGGGAUCGCUCCAUCCCUAGGAUCCCCCGCCCCUCUCUCGCUUCGAAUCGCCUUGCGCCCCAGCCGCCGCCUCGGGGUUGCGCAGCCCGCACCUCUCUUUCCCCCCAUCCCCGGCUUCCAGCCCUGUGGCGCCCUCCGAGCCUCCCAUCCGGGGCGCGAUCCCAUCCCCCUUAUCUCCCCCCACCAGCCGAGGUCCCGGCGACCGCGGGGUCCACGGGGAGCGCCCCCCUGCGCCCGCCCCGCGCUUCUUUGUGCGGCCGGCGCGCGCGCGCUGCGUCAAGGCUGCCGCCGCCGCCACACGCACGCACUCACAGCGCGCAGUUAACCCCCGGGAGCGGCAGGAAGGGAGGUGGCGAGCGGGGGGAGGGAGCCCAAUCGCGCGGUGCCCCCGCCCCGGCCCCGCGCGGCGCCGCCUCUGCCAUUGCUGUGAGCGGGAGCGGGCGACGCGGAGGCUCGGAGUGCGGUCGGAGUCCAGACCUGCCGGAGCCGGGCGUGGGGUGA